AUGACAAAGGUGAAUCGAGCUGUUGGUCAGAGGCGCACCGAGGUAACUGUUGGGCAAAAGGUGCAGCAUUGUCUGCGUACUUCGAUUCUCGAAUUGGUCGAUGAAAAGGAUGAGGCUCAUCUUUUGAUCCGAAAGGUUUUUCAUGCGGGAGAAAGGGUCCAAGAGGCCGCGCAGUUCUCCCAUCUUCUGGAUAUCCAAGCAGGGAGGAUCCCUCGAGACCUCGACACUGAACCCUCGGCUCAGGCCGUGCCUGUGUCAGUCACUUCGGUCGCGACUCGCGUUCUGUCCGCUCCAGCUGGUCCAGGUCUUGCUGGUCUCCAUAUUGAAUGCCUUAUCCUGAGUCUCGCUUGUCGAGAUGCUUCAGUCAAGCAGAGCGCUCAGACGCGUCUCGUACUGAGCGUGCCAACAGAUACUGCCAUCAUUUUUCUCAAGAUGCCUUUGAAACCAUACAAGAACCGCUAUACCAAGUGGACCAAACCUCACGAGCUCCCGCGUGUCUCGACCUAG